UGCAGAACAGAAACAUUCAAAAGAGCCUUCAUCUUUGCAAUGCAUGCAUCUGGCAGUUGUGGCAUGUGGGGACCGUCUGGAAGAGACGCUAAUCAUGCUGAAAUCAGCAGUUCUCUUUAGUAACAGGAGGCUCUGUUUUCACAUUUUUGCCGAGGAUUCCCUUAAGCCCCAGUUUGAGAAGAAGUUAAAGGAAUGGCCUUCCUCAUACACAAAGAAGUUUGAACACAACAUUUACCCAAUAACCUUCUCAGUAGGAAAUGCUCAGGAAUGGAAAAAGUUAUUCAAACCAUGUGCUGCCCAGCGCCUUUUUCUUCCGGUCAUUUUAAAGGAUGUGGAUUCUCUCCUUUAUGUGGACACUGAUGUUCUCUUCCUGAGGCCCAUCGAUGACAUCUGGCACAUCCUGAAAGAGUUCAACUCAACACAGCUAGCUGCUAUGGCGCCAGAGCACGAAAUACCAAAGAUUGGCUGGUACAGUCGAUUUGCACGUCACCCUUAUUAUGGGACAACUGGAGUCAAUUCUGGAGUGAUGCUAAUGAAUUUAACACGGAUACGCAACACUCAGUUCAAGAACAGCAUGAUGCCGAGUGGUUUGACUUGGGAGGAAAUGUUGUAUCCAUUAUACCAAAAGUACAAAAAUUACAUUACAUGGGGAGACCAGGAUCUACUAAAUAUAAUUUUUUACUUUAACCCAGAGUGUCUCUAUGUGUUCCCGUGUCAGUGGAACUACCGGCCUGAUCACUGUAUGUAUGGAAGCAACUGUAAAGGUGCAGAAGAAGAAGGUGUCUCUAUUCUGCACGGAAACCGAGGUGUCUACCAUGAUGACAAACAACCUACCUUCAAAGCCCUCUAUGAAGUGAUACGUGACUUUCCAUUUGAAGACAAUCUCUUCCAGUCUUUGUACUACCCUCUGCAGUCUAAGUUUCUGGAUACAGUGCACACCUUAUGUGGGAGAAUUCCACAAGUGUUUCUGAAGCAAAUUGAGAAAACUAUGAAGAAGGUGUAUGAAAAUCGUGUCAUUGUCUACUUGGGGGCCAACCACAGAUACUAAAUGUAGCUAUAUUUUUACGCAGAGUUUGGAAUUCUUGCACUCCCACCUCAUGAAGCAUACAAUGAAGUGUAUGACCUCUUGUGCUGAGACUCAGAAUUAAAAUAUUUUCCUUAUCCAGUUUCCUAAUAACCCCUGAAAUUACA